AAUUUAGUUAACGCAUUGAAUUCAAUGAUUACGGCUCGUUGUGAGGAAUGCUGACAAUAAUUUCAUAAAAAUCAUGAAUUAUAAAAAAGUAUUGUCUGUGAUUGCUGUAUGUACCUUAAUUGCAUACAUAGUAUUUGCAUUGAUUGUAGUCGUAGAAGUUGUGGAAGAUCGAUUGCUGCAGAAUCGAAAGUGUUUAAGAGAUGAUCUUGAAAAAUUCGACACAAAUAAUGUGACAGAAUUGAUAUUUCCAAGAUCAACUUUUAUGCCGCAAAGAGAUGAAAUCGCGUGCUUUGUGAUGACAACAGUUGAUCACAAAUGGGCAAGAAGUGCCAUUAGACGAACGUGGGGAAAAUCAAUAAAGCCAAUCUUCAUCAUGAAUUUUACUGAGAGUCUUGUUAAUAAAGCCAUAAAAGAUGAAGCAAUUCUAUUCAAUGACAUGAUUGUUAUCAAUGGCAGCAUUAGCACAGAUAAUGAACAUUUAUUUGCCAUGAAAUAUUUUGCGGAAUAUUUUAAGAUUUCAGAAUAUUUCCUUUAUGUUCAUGACGAUGUCUUUAUAAAUACCAAAAAUUUAUUUAAUUUCCUCAAUGAUGAAAUUCUUACAAAUGUUGUUCUUGGGAAUUUUGGAAGCAUUCCACAUAAAUCGAAAAUCAUAAGUUUGAUGUCAAAUUAUUUAAAUUUUCCAUUCGAUUCUUAUCUGAACCGUCCAGAUUUGAGUGCAUAUGCAGCUCCAGGUUCCAUAAUAAAAGAAAUAUUCAACAAGUUAAAAAGAGUUUCAACAUCCAACAGUAAUCAAUGCACGUUGGAUCUCCUUUUGAAAAGAAAUUUUUAUGCAAGCAAAAAGUUUCUUACUUCCAGAAGUUUCAUAUAUCAUCCAUGCAUAGUGAGAAAUAAUGUGCUAGUGAAUCGAUUAUCCCCGAGUGAAAUUUUGGAUCUGUGGUACUAUACAUCUAAUGCAAAUGCCUGUAAUAUCUUUUAAGUCUUUUGAAAAUCUAGUUUUAAGAUUAGAUUGUAAAUAAUUUUGAAAACAUGACUAGCUUGUGCGAUCUCUUAGAUUUAAUUUAAACCUGAAUAAAAAUUUUAAGCUCUUUAAACUCAAAUUCCUUAUUUCCUCAUGAAUAAAUAAUAAUAAACUCAAAUUUGAAUCACUAAUAAAGAAUUGUGAAUUUUAGAGGAAC